AUGCAACAUGAUGAACUGCAAAUUAAUUUUUACAAUAUGGCUGACUUUGAGUCUUUCUUAUAUGUACAGCCAGUGAAUCCUCCAAUCAAAUUCAUUUCUGUGCUCCCGCCUCCCUAUAAAAAUGAAAGAAUUUUCCCUUUUCUUUUUUUCUUUCUUCUUCUUAUUUCUAGUUUCCUUCUUUUUUUUCGGAUUUCUUUUUUUCUAUUUCCUUCUUUUUCUUUUUUCUUUCUUCUUUUUUCUAGUUUCCUUCUUUUUUCCGAUUUCUUUUUUUUCAAGUUUCCCUUUUCUUUUUUCUUUCUUCUUCUUUUUUGUAGUUUCUUUCUUUUUCUUUUUUCUUUCUUCUUCUUUUUUCUAGUUUCCCUUUUCUUUUUUUCUUUCUUCUUCUUUUUUUGUAGUUUCCUUCUUUUUCUUUUUUCCGAUUUUUUUUUUUCUAGUUUCCCUUUUCUUUUUACUUUUUUCUUCUUUUUUUUUUUCCUUUUCUUUUUUCUUUCUUCUUCUUUUUUUGUAGUUUCUUUCUUUUUCUUUUUUCCGAUUUCUUUUUUUUCUAGUUUCCCUUUUCUUUUUUUCUUUCUUCUUCUUUUUUUUUCCUUUUCUUUUUACUUUUUCUUCUUUUUUGUAGUUUCUUUUCUUUUUUCUUUUUCCGAUUUCUUUUUUUUUGAGUUUUCCUUUUCUUUUUUCUUUCUUCUUCUUUUUUUGUAUUUUCUUUUCUUUUUUCUUUCUUCUUCUUUUUUUGUAGUUUCCUUCUUUUUCUUUUUUCCAAUUUCUUUUUAUUUCUAUUUCUUUCUUUUUCUUUUUUCUUUCUUCUUCUUUUUUCUAGUUUACCUUUUCUUUUUUUCUUUCUUAUUCUUUUUUCUAGUUUCCUUCUUUUUCUUUUUUCCGAUUUCUUUUUUUCUAGUUUCACUUUUCUUUUUUUCUUUCUUCCUCUUUUUUCUAGUUUCCUUAUUUUUCUUUUUUCCGAUUUUUUUUUCUAGUUUCCCUUUUCUUUUUUCUUUCUUAUUCUUUUUUCUAGUUUCCUUCUUUUUCCAAUUUCUUUUUUUUUCUAGUUUCCCAUUUCUUUUUUCUUUUUUCUUCUUUUUUCUAGUUUCCUUCUUUUUCUUUUUUCCGAUUUCUUUUUUUUCUAGUUUCCCUUUUCUUUUUUUCUUUCUUCUUCUUUUUUUGUUGUUUCCUUCUUUUUCCUUUUUUCCGAUUUCUUUUUUUUCCAGUUUUCUUUUCUUUUUUUCUUUCUUCUUCUUUUUUUGUAGUUUCCUUCUUUUUCUUUUUUCCGAUUUCUUUUUUUUUUUAGUUUCUCUUUUCUUUUUUACUUUCUUCUUCUUUUUUUGUGUUUCCCUUUUCUUUUUUUCUUUCUUCUUCUUUUUUUGUAGUUUCCUUCUUUUUCUUUUUUCCGAUUUCUUUUUUUUCUAUUUUCCUUUUCUUUUUUUCUUUCUUCUUCUUUUUUCUAGUUUCCUUCUUUUUCUUUUUUCCUUGUUUUUUUUUUUAUUCUGGCUUCAUUACACUUCUUUUUUUUCUCUCAAUUUUCUUCAUUUUUUUAUUCACAUUUUUUCUGUUUCCUUAUUUUUUCCUUUUAUUCUUCUUCUUAGGCACUUUUUUGUUUUUUCUCACAAUAUCAUUUCUUUCCAUUUGUUUACUUUUCCCUCUUUUUCUCUCCCACUUUUCAAUUCCUUUUUUCUUUUCUCUCUUUAUCUCUUGCUCUCAUUCUACAUCCUCCUCCUCAUCCUCCUCCACAUUCUUCUUCUUGCAUCUAUUGAUGAAAUUCAGACGCCUGCCAAAUAA